UUGCGCAUGCGACCGUCGUCCGUCCGCACGUCCGUCCCCUCCCGCGCUCCGACCUCCGUCCGCCCCCGAGAGCCUGUUCGCCGAGAAAUGCCGGCGAGGAGGGUGGUCGUCGAGCUGCUCCGGACCGCCACCCGCGAGGCCUUCCAGGUGGCCGUCUCCUACGCCGCCAGGCCGCCGGUGUCCACCAUGCUCAAGCCGGCCACCACCAAGCCCCUCCACCACGACCACCGGUGAAGCGGCGCCAACCAGCACGGCGAUCGGGCUCUCGGAACACCACGCCCGCUCCGCUCCGCCUCGCAGCAAGCAACCCAGUAACCGCGUGCGCGCGCGCGCACGGGGCGGCGGCAAGGCAUGCAACGCGACGCGUUUCCACCCACUACUACUUUCUUCUUCCUGCGAUCCAUGGCUCCGGGUUGGACGGGCGCCGUGCCUCCGGUAGACGAAGCUCCGUCGUCGUAUUCUAUGUGCGUGCGUUUGGCUCCACUGUACGUCACUCCCGUGUACUACAAUGUUAAACGUGAGUACGUAGUGUACCAUACAAUACAUACAUGGAUAAUAUAUCUCCAAGGACAAGGAGGAGCCAUGCAUGCACCUCGUCAGCAAAGCGUGGCCUGUGGUUAGCUACGAGGGGAGAGAGCCGGCCCGGUCAAGGUCGCCGGCCCUCGCCGGUAUCGUCUCGCUGUCACUGCCAAAUAUACAAUGCACGCCGAACGGAACGACCGCAGUUGGGAACGUGGGAGUGGGAUCGAUAAGAGAUCGGCGAUGCGCCGCGGGUCAAUGGCGCGCAGGGCCAAACGAGCCAACGACUACGAGCGUAUCGCCAUUUCUGCAGCUAGCGAGCGAGCUCGGGGCGGACCGGAGGCCGGAGCCCGGAGCCCGGAGCGAUGAUGUUGGAGAGGAGAGGGGACUGGGAGGACUACCGCGCGCCGCACGGGCUGCUGAUGGCGGUGGUGAUGGGGGCGGUGGUGGCGGGGCCGCUAUUCGUCUUGGACGGCGGCGAUGCGGUGCGCGAGGCCAUGGCGGAGCUCCUCGGCCCCGUGGGGCUGCCGCUGCUCCCCCUCGGCCUCGUCCUCCUCAUCCGCGUCCUCUCCUCCGGCCUCCGGCUAGCCGACGUCUUCGGCUUCGCCGUGGGCGACUCGCUCGACGCCGUCUACCGCUCCGGGCGGGGGUCGCCGGUGGGGGUCGUGCUCGCGCUGCUGCUCUUCCUGCUCGCCGUGUACUACAGGUCGUGGUCGCCGUUCGGCGGCGGCGACGACGAGUAGCUGGCGUGGGCCGUGGCCGGCGAGGCGGGUCGUGCCGUGCCGUGUGGUACGGGUUUGCAUGUGUCAUGCAUGUGCUCGAUCUGCAGCCUGCUGCUUAGUUGUAAUUAAUCGGCGAAAAUAACGUUGCGCCUCUUUGAUUCAAAGAAUUUUUUGAGUGUUCUAAUCCUUAGGUAUGUUUUAUACAUGAGUUCUUGGAUUGGAUUCAUAUAGGAUUGCAAACCAUACAUUUUUUUUUGUUGUUGUAAGAUUUGUUUGUAGGUUUUACAGCAAAACUUCCAUCCACCUUAACCUCUUGAAAACGAAUUCUACGUCCUGGACAAUUACAUCCACCUUGAGGACUCCCUGCUUGCGUGGUGGGUGACCAGGAUAAUAUGAAACGAGAGAAGCGAUAUGGUCUUCCACCACAAGGAUAUGCCGCCACCAAUUCUCCUAAAGAUUAUUAUAGACGAGGACAAUCUUUGGAUUACCGUGGAGGCCAAGCAGUUAGAAAAAAUUAUAUCGCGCGAAAAUUGUAUCAUGCCGCCCAUUAGACUUUUGUAACACUACAAAACUCUAUUCUUCUCUAAUUUAAUCGAUAAAGCAAAUCUUUUGCCUUCGUUUUGAAAAAAAAAUCUACAUCUUUCAUGUAGGCAAUCAAACAGCCAUUCAUUUCGAUGUUUGCGUGCACAUCAAAGAGGGCCUUAGUUUGCCGGAAGCGUUCAACAACAAUUAAUUUUCUGUGGAUGUGGAAGUACCUGCUCUGAUGGUGAGUCCGUGCUGUUCCAGCUAAACAUGUAUUUCUUGGUUAACUUACCGAUGCAAUGAAAGCAAUGUUGGCAAGAAUACAAACAAAGGCUAUUUUAUUCUUACUGGUUGCUGGAAACGGAAGACGAAGCUUCUUUCAGCUAGCCUCUUAAACCCGUUUCUCCAAACUCUUGUAUUACAACUUGCGUGUGUAUUUGUAAACUAAAUAUCGAUCACCACACAGCCAGUGAUGGAAGUUGGAAACAGAAUCAGCGAUGUGUCGCUGUCAAUGGCUGAGGUUGCACACCAACUUGUCUUCCAAGUUAGCGUAGCCCUGGAUCGGAGCAAGGAUGGCCGCGAAGGGGGCGUUGUCCGGUCUGCUGUGGGUAGUGGUGGUCGGGCUUGCGAGGCAGGACUGCUCUUCCUCGACGGCAGCAGUGAGGCCGUAAUUGAGGCCGUGGCGGAGAGGGCUUUCCUUUGGCCGCAAGCUCAGCACAACCUUUCCUUUGGCGAGUCGCCAGGUAUGGGGUCGCCGGUCGCUCUAGUACUGCUGCUCAUCUUGUAUAGCUCUAGCUUGUUCAUCUUCUAUACAGGUCGUCGCUCUUCAGCAAUGACGCCGACAAAUGAUGUGUAAAGCUGCAGCCUGGGAGACGGGAGUACAAGUACAUCUGUGCAUGUGCUCCGCAGCCUGCAUCAUCUUUGUCAAAAUCUGUGGAAAUAACUUUCUUCUCUCCGAAAGCGAAGCUUCUGUGCAGUGCAGCAUCAAUGGAUGUUGCAGCAUCAAUGGAUGUGUUCCGUGUUUGUGUUGCCCCAACUGACCAUAUGUCUUGGCCUAGUUCAUGACAAUGACGCAUCAGCAUCGGUGAAAAAAAUAGCGCGCUAUAGCAUCACUAAUAGCACGCUAUAACGUGCUGAGAAUUGUCUCGCUAAAUAUAUCGAUGUACAAUGUCUCGUUAAUAGCACGCUAAUAGCGUAUUUUGACGUGGGAGCUAUUUUUGCUGUAGUGCAUUUUUUUUCCUUGAUCUGCAUUACCGCUAUCCAACUGGCCAAACACUCGCUUACUAUUUUUCUUACCAAAAUCUUCUUCAUGCUUUACUUUCUUUAGUGUAUUCUUCUUCACGCUGCCCAUGAAGAAAACAACACAGCAACAGUUCUUCCUUGCUUGUAUGACAGGCCCAGCGUAUACAGCCUUCGGACAUACCAGUCUGCUUGCCUUGUUUCACUUCAUUUAUGUGCACUAUUUUGCCGGAGAAACACAUCUAGCCAGAGGGAAAGACCGAGGAAUCACAAUGCAGACC